AGAGAAAUUUUUGAAGAAGUAAAGAAGCAGUUAUGGCUGGCAGGGCCUCUGAUAUCUGUGGGUCUGCUAAACUUCUGCAUACAGAUUAUAUCAGUAAUGUUUGUUGGGCACCUCGGCGAGUUGGCUCUCUCUGGCGCUUCAAUGGCUACUUCUUUUUCUUCUGUCACUGGUUUUAGUUUAAUGACAGGAAUGGCAAGUGCCUUGGAUACCUUGUGUGGCCAGUCAUAUGGAGCAAAGCAGCAUCACAUGUUAGGCAUACACACGCAAAAGGCCAUGCUAGUUCUUAUGAUUAUCAGCAUACCCCUAGCAAUUAAUUGGGCAAACACAAGAUCCAUUCUGAUUUUCCUUGGCCAAGAUCCUGAGAUAUCUGCUGAAGCUGGAAAAUAUGCUCAAUUAAUGGUUCCAAGCCUUUUUGCCUAUGGUCUUAUUCAGAGCCUAAAUAGAUUCUUACAAACCCAAAAUAUUGUAUUUCCAAUGAUGCUUAGCUCUGGAGCUACUGUGUUACUACAUCUUCUUGUAUGUUGGAUUAUGGUAUUCAAAUCUGGACUAGGAAGCAGAGGAGCUGCCAUAGCAAAUUCUAUAUCUUAUUGGCUGAAUGUUUUGAUGCUGACACUCUAUGUCAAGUUUUCUCCUUCAUGUGCAGAAACUUGGACAGGCUUUACUAAAAAGGCACUGAAUAACAUUCCCUCUUUUAUUAGGCUCGCCAUUCCUUCAGCUGUUAUGGUUUGCUUGGAAACAUGGUCAUUUGAAAUGAUGGUGCUCUUAGCCGGGCUUCUACCCAAUCCAAAAUUGGAAACAUCAGUGCUUUCUAUCUGCUUGAAUACUGGAGCAACUGUUUGGAUGAUCCCCUCCGGUUUAGGUGCAGCUGUAAGCACUCGUGUAUCAAAUGAACUUGGAGCCGGUCGUCCUUGGGCUGCGCGCAUAGCAGUGUAUGUUGUUUUUGUAAUGGCCAUUAUCGAGGGCUCCAUUAUUGGAGUUGUGAUGAUAUUAGUACGCAAUAUUUGGGGCUAUGCAUACAGUAAUGAAGAUGAAGUGAUAAAAUAUGUAGCAACCAUGUUACCCGUUCUUGCAAUAUCUAGCUUUGUGGAUGCUUUCCAGACUGUAUUGUCAGGCAUAGCUAGAGGAUGCGGUUGGCAGAAAGUUGGUGCUUUUAUCAAUCUAGGCUCUUACUAUCUAGUUGGGAUUCCAUCUUCCAUCGUAUUUGCUUUUGUAUUGAACAUUGGAGGGAAGGGGCUCUGGCUGGGGAUCAUUUGUGCACUUGUUGUUCAAGUACUGUUUCUACUAAUCAUCACCUUACGUACAGAUUGGGAGCAAGAGGCAAAGAAGGCUAUUGACAGAGUCUAUGAUUCAAUUACUCCAGAGAACAUAGUCUCCUAA